AUGUUUCUGAAAAUGUGUCAUCUGAUUUCUAUUUACACUCAAAACUUUAAUUUGUAUUAAAAUAAAAUUUUAAGAACAAUACAAUCAUACGUUUUUGUCGAAUUAAGUAAAAUGGCAAACAAAGGAAGUGAAGUUUCCAAAAGGACCCUUGUGGCGGCGGCAGGUUUGGGUCUGUGUGUUAUUGUGUUAGCCACAAAGCGUGAUCGCUUGCUAAAUUACCUGAAACGCAUAAGAGAUCCAUUGGGUCAUAGGCGAAUUGAAGUCGUACAAAACGUUGAUGACUGCCAUAGAGUUGUUCGUGAACUAAAGGAGCAUUGCAACAAAUUCAAAGUAUUGGGCUUCGACUGCGAAUGGGUAACGGUGGGAGGGACCAGACGUCCGACGGCGUUACUCCAAUUGUCCUCGGAGAAAGGAUUAUGCGCUCUAUUCAGACUGUGUUGCAUAAAGCAAAUACCAAAAAGCUUGAGGGAAUUAUUAGAGGAUGAAAACGUGCUUAAAGUUGGAGUGGAUCCUAAUGGCGAUGCAAAGAAGUUAUGUCAUGAUUAUGGCGUGGGAGUCGCAAGCACUUUCGAUUUGCGAUUUCUUGCUGCUAUGACAGGCAGAAAGCCUGGAGGCCUGGCAAAUUUGUCUAAAGCAGUGUUGAAUGUGCAUCUCGAUAAAAACUGGCGUAUUGUAUGUUCUGAUUGGGAGGCCACAGAAUUGACCAAAACCCAAUUGCAUUACGCAGCCAAUGAUGCCAUGGUGGCUGUGGAAAUUUUUAAAAUACUAUCCAAGGAGUUAUUUCCCAGACAUUUUUGGCAGCUUUUUACCAAAAUAGAUUUUGAACAAAUACUGCAGCGCAUUGACCCAUUUCUGGAAAUUAGUUUUAAGGAAGGUUAUAUCAACUCUCCUCUAAAAAAAAACACCAAACUGCUUGCAGCGGAUACGAAAAAGGAUGCUAACAAUACUAGGAAAUUCCAGGCUAGGCGUUACACCACCAGAUCCAAGGCCUUGUAUGAUAACUGUUUAUUGGAAGCACCAGAUGGCGAGUUGCUGUGUACUAUAGACAAAAGGAAGGCGCAGUGGUAUGUAGAGAGAAAUUUAGGAACAGAAGUCAACGCUGAGCCCUACACAGUGAGACUAAAUUUCGAGCCCGCCGGGAGGGCCGAGGGAGACGUUGGAAAAUAUUACCAAACUCCAAAGGAAAAUCAAUGUGUCGUCUGUGGCCACAAAGAAGCCUAUAUAAGGAAAAAUGUUGUACCUCGCGAAUAUCGGAAACACUUCCCUGUGGUUAUGAAAACACAUACCUCACAUGAUGUUCUAUUGCUAUGUCAUCCGUGCCACCAAAUAAGCAAUAUCUCAGACAUGAAGAUACGACAUAAGCUCAGCUCGAUGUGCGAUGCUCCAUUUACCCAGGAGGAAUGUUCCAUAAAAUAUAAAGAAGUUCCAGAAUUAAAGAAGUUAAGAUCAGCCGCAAGAGCCUUACUUUAUCAUGGAGACAAACUUAAUGAAGCUCGUCAUAGAGAACUCGAAUCAGUAGUACUUGAUUAUUAUAAAGAGGAGCCUAAAGUUACUUUGGAAUUGUUGCAAUUAUCUGCGGAAAUUGACACAAAAUCAUCAAAUGAAAACUAUUGCAAUCACGGAGAAAAGGUUGUUCAGAUGUUCCAAACAAAGUUGGGCGGUCUAAUUGAGCUGGAAAAAAUUUGGCGCGUUCAUUUUCUACAAACAAUGCAACCCAAAUUUUUACCCACACUAUGGGACGUGAAUCAUAAUGCAAACAGGUUGGAAAUAAGGGCUAACGAAGGUCGAGUUGAUAAAGCUGAUUUAAAGCUGGCUGGCCUAGCAUCUGAUGUUGAAAUUUAAAAACAAAAAGAAACUUGUGUAAUGUACCUAUUAAAGUCAACAAAUAUAAAGUUAUUUUUUUUAAUUUUGUACGAAAAUUCAAGUCAUUGUUUUAAUGAGAAUAAAUUUAUGCAAAAUAUCCAAUAAAAAUGUUAACAUUGUAAAAUUUGUUAAAA